AUGGCCCAACAACAACAAAACGGCGAGCCCGUAAUGCGCAGGAAACUAGUCAUUAUUGGAGACGGUGCUUGCGGCAAGACCAGUCUGCUCAGCGUCUUUACCCUAGGUUACUUUCCAACGCGAUAUGUCCCAACCGUCUUUGAAAACUACGUCACCGACUGCAGAGUAGACGGCAAGUCGGUACAACUGGCCCUCUGGGAUACCGCUGGACAAGAAGACUACGAGCGCCUGCGCCCACUGGCCUACAGCAAAGCACAUGUCAUUCUCAUUGGCUUUUCGGUCGACUCGCCCGAUUCCCUCGACAACGUCAAGCACAAGUGGGCCGAAGAGGCGCGCGAACGCUGCCCAACCGUUCCCAUUAUCCUCGUCGGCCUAAAAAAGGAUCUCCGCGAUGACCCGCUAGCCCAGGAAGAAAUGCGCAAGAAAUCCCUCCGCUUCACCACGACCAAGCAGGGCGCUGACAUGAAGGAAAUGAUUGGCGCCCGCAAAUACCUCGAGUGCAGUUCGCUAACGGGCGACGGCGUUGACGAUGUCUUUGAAGCCGCAACCCGCGCUGCUCUCCUGUCGGUCGACAAGAAGGAGAAUCCUGGAUGUGGCUGCGUCGUGCUAUAGAAGCCCAUCCAUUCGCCUUGCAAGCAACCUUUUUUCCACCAUAAAAUAAGCAUUGGGCGGAGUACACAUGGAGUCUAUAUAUAUAUAUGUAUGCAAC